AUGCGGCCUUCCAAACCUCUAAGCCCGAAGAAACCGCUCCAGCCCUACCGAGGACCUACUUCGCGGCCCGGUUUGCAGAGCUCACCAGGGGUCCACAGGGGCCCGCUCCUUUCGGUUCAGGAGCUCAAAGGUGGCGCCAAGCGACCAAGAAGUGUGACCCCAGACGAGAAAGAGCUACCCACCUCGGAGUCGGAAAAUCGCCGCGUGAACCUCGCUUCCGUGUUCUGUCUCCUGGGCUACUCAGGAUUGGCUCCUGUACGAGGGCGGGGCCUCGCGGCAACUUUUCAUGAGCCCUCGCGGCACUCGACAGCCAAUGAGAGGAGUUGA